AUGGACUCUGUUAGAUCUGGAGGUGUUACUACGCCCGAGGAGUUUGAGUCCAUUCAAUUCCGAUUUGGGUUCAUGUCGGAGCAUCGAGUUCAAUCCCCUUUGGAAGGGUCUACCAUAUAUCAACCACCGGCUGGAAAGUGGGUAUUCCGGUGGCGAUCUUCGAGGCCAGGUUUCGACUUCCCCUAUCCUCACGUGCCUAUGUCUUCGGAUCGGGGCACCCCAGCUGUUGGGGGUCGGUAUGUCGGUGUCUCGCACGUUAAGAGGAAUUACUUUCAAUGGCAAGGACUGGUCAGACUGUGUAUUCGCAGCAGCCGGAAUGAGUGCUGUUUGGCGGUCUUGUGGAAAGAUGACUCAUUUUUUUUGUGGAUAACGAUGAGUACCUACAAUAUCACGAAGUACCUCAAGUGGAGACACAAUCGACUCCAGGCAGAGUUGGCCUUGUUUUUUAGAGUGAUGUCCCUCCUGUCGAGGCGGGGGUCCGAGGAUCAGGUGUGGCUAGUGGUAAAGUCGUCCCCCGUCUUCGGUCUGCUGCUUUGGAUUCCGCCUUCGAGGAAGAUGUUGGUGGCAGUUCCAUCAGCUAGCAGUUGCGUCGGAAACGCAACAUUGAUCCUCUGUUUUCUAAUUCCUUUGUUUGUUACUGAGAUUGCUGAUACUGACGACCUGCAAGUGGUGGAGGAAGAGGAUUUGCAUUGGCCGGGGGAGCCAGGCGUCAUGAGCACUUACUUUGUACCUCCCUCUAUUCCCGGCGAUGCCCUGUCGACGGCGAGUCCUUCGUCUUUGGGUGCGACUGAUGUAUAUCUCCAUGGGUGGAGUCUCGUGCCCGGUUCCCUUUUUCCAGAACAUGGACUUGCUCGUGAAUGGUGUCGACAUGCGUUUCCCCCAGCUACCAUGGAGGCUCUCGACACUAUUUCUUAUUCUCACAUGGCGAAUGAUCUUCAAUAUGCCGCUGCUCAGGUUGCUCCCCACUUGGUGGUGGCUGUUGGUCAUCUUCGUUACAUAGGGGCUGAUGUGGCGAAGCGGGCUGCUGUUAAAUCCGAGCGUGACGAGCUCGUGGAGAAAGUUUGGCUUCUCAAAGAGGAGCGACACAAGUUUGACAAGCGCUACCUCAUGCUGUCAGGGGAAAAGACUGUUGUGGAAGCUCAGGAGGCGAACCUGGAUGGGGAGGUGGAUCUUUUAUCCCAGCAGGUCCAAAAUUUGGUAUCGGAGAAAGAAGCAUUGGCGAAGCGUUUGGCACUGCGAGACAAUCAGUUCACCUUUGAGGUCUCGAUGAGGAAAAUCUUGGAGGCUGAUUUAGCGUGGGUUCUCCAUAAGGGAGUGGUUUUAGCGGUGGACCAUGUUGUUGAGUGUAGUGAGUUCGCGCUUGGGAUUCAUUGCGUGAAGGCCGUGUGUGUGGCUGCUGGUGUAGGGAAGGGAAAGACGUUGUGGCACAAUCUGUUGAUGCAAUGCAUGCUGCCAUUAGGGCAUUUUGCUGAGAUGGACUUCGUGUCCUACCUUCGUUUGGGUGAGCUCAACCUUGUUGAUCUUCGCCAAUUGUGCUCUAAUGAGGAGGAACACGUGCCAGAUGGUGGCGAUGGGGGCACUGCUUCGACUCAACCUCGUCGGGGUUAA